AUGAUCAGUAGAAUAAUACGGCAUGAUAAUGAUAUAGUCAUUAAAAAUAUUAGGAACAAUAUUUUGGUCCAAUUAAGAUUUGCAUCAUCAAGAUAUUCAUCAAAAAUUAAAGUCAAUAAUUCUCACAAACUAAAACUGAAGAAUGCUCCAAGACCAAAUAAAGAUGCUGACCAUUCCAGUUCAUCAAAAAGGCCAGAUACCAAGAAAAACUACAUUUUUGAAACUGGUAAAUUCUCACAACUUUAUAAUUCUUUGAAAUCAACAAAUACUCAAGACCCAUCAUUUCAAAUAUCAAAAGUCAAAGAUUUCAACCAACUCAAAAUUUUCCCGUCAGUGAGAGAAGCAAUGAUUAAAGAAAUUAAAUCACAAUACAACUUGAAAGGUCCACAACAUAGCUCCAUAGAUGAAAUAGAAAUAAAACCAACACCGAUUCAAAUUGCAGCCAUUAAAAAAAUUAAUCAAACUAGAUCAAUAUCACCAACUACUAAGAAUCUAGAAGAUAUGGAAGAAAGUGAAAGAAUUUUGUACGAAUUGAAAAACGAAAAUGAAUCCAAAAGAACUAAAAUUUUCACAAUUUCAUCAGAAACAGGAUCAGGAAAAACUUGGAGUUAUUUAUCUGUUUUAUUAUCAAAAUUAAAAGAAGAUGAUUUAAAUUGGUUUAACCAAAAACCUGAAAAAUAUGAAUUAUUUAAAAAAUCUCAACAAAUAAGAUCAAUAAUAAUGGUUCCAACACAUGAAUUAGUUGAACAAGUUUAUGAAACUUUGAAAAGAGCUAAUAAAUUUUCCCUAAAACAUGAAGGAGUAUCUAAAAAAUAUGAACAAUUUUUUAAUUUACCAGAAAAUGAAACUUUAGGAUUAUCAAUUAUGAAAUUAUCUCAUGGUGAUGCACCUAUAAGUUUAUACAAACAACUAAAGAACUAUGGUAAGAUAGAUAUUUUAGUAACUACUCCAGCAAAAAUCACAAGUUUAUCGAAAUUAGAAGCAGUUGAUAGACCAUUUAAGAUUUUCAAAAGUGUUAAAUAUUGUAUAUUAGAUGAAUCAGAUACUUUAUUUGAUGUAUCAUUUAUAAAAGAUACAACAUCAGUUAUUAAAAAUUUCCCAAAUUUAUUAGAUUUAAUAUUAAUAUCAGCUACUAUCCCUAAAGAAUUUGAAAAAUCAUUACAAAAAUUAUUCCCUGAUGAAAAAUCAAUUAUUAGAAUAUCAACUCCAAAUUUACAUAAAAUACCAAAAAAUAUUAAAAUUUUCACAUUAGAUUCAGAUUUAUCACCUUAUAAUGGUUCAAAAUUACGAUGUUUAGCACAAUCCAUUUAUGCUAUUUCAAAAGAUGGAACAGAACCAGAUCAAACUAAACGAAUUAUUAUAUUUGUUAAUUCAAAAGAUGAAGUAGAUGAUUUAGUAUCUGGGUUAAUUGAUAAGUACCAUAUAAAUGAAGAAGAUAUAUUUGGAAUAUCAAGUUCCAAAACUAUUGGAGAUAGAAAAGAAAUUCUUGAACCAUUUUUAAAGCCAGCUGAACCACUUACUUCAGCUAAUCAAUCAAAAUUGAAAAUAUUAAUAACUACAGAUCUAUUAUCUAGAGGAUUAAAUUUCGUUGGUUUAAAAAAUGUUAUAUUGUUUGGAUUACCUCGAAAUUCAGUUGAUUUAGUUCAUAGAUUAGGUAGAACUGGUAGAAUGAAUCAACUGGGUAGAGUUUUCAUUAUUAUUGAUAAAAAGUCUAAAAAAAGUUGGGUUAAAGGAUUGGGUAGUGCUAUAAUUAGAGGUUUAAAAAUUGGUUAA